AUGGGAAUCGAAUUGGUAAGUGAAUUUUGCAAACCGUCGGCCGAGAAAAUCAGAUGGCCUUUUUUGCAGGCAGUCGCUUUAUAUCCAUUCCUAUUUUUGCCACUUUUACUUCGGGCUCAGUUUUUCGCAUUUUGCUUUAGAAUUGCUUCAGUUACUACCGAAGGCUCGGGGCCCGCGGCACGUCGGGUAACUAUAAUAUUAAAACUCAUUGAUGGCGAAAGCCGAGGGCACAAUUUUUCCGAAUUUUUGCGCCUUCUUGUAAUUUUAGUCGGUUAAAGCAUUAGGACCCCUUGCGAAAACUCGCGCACCAGAAAGCUGGGCAUUCUACUGAGUGUUCUGCACGCCAAAAGUUCGGAAAUACAAGUUGGAUUUCCAGAUACCCGCUCAGAUGUUCACCAAAUAUCUACCGCAUUUCCAGACUGGCAGUCUGUUGGAAUUGUCCACGGGGGUCCUGCGACCAAUAACCCUCUAUGUCAUCAGUGGAGAAGGAAAUCGUAUCUCCACCACAAUACACCGACCGAUCUUCACCAGGCCACUCAUGAUCCUCACCAGGCCGCACCCAAGAAAUAUAGCUAUAUGA